AUGGCCGAAGGGGUAAGGCACCGGUAUAAAUACUGCACUUCUCGAGCACUAACAUCACUUCGAUCACUUUCAACAAUCAAACUCAUUUUCUCAAUCAGUCAAUCGAAAAGCAUGCAAUUCGUUCUUUCAACAUUGACCAUUCUUGCUUUGAUUACUUCUCAAUCAAGCGGUAUGUCAUUCGGUGAGAGUAUUAUGCAAGAGCUUCAAGCUAGCUUACAAAAUAGCUCAUCAAUGAGAGCAUUAUUACCUUGGCAACAAACCUGUCAUGAUAUGUUCAGCUUGUUUUCUUCAACUCGUUCAGUCGUCGAUAUAACCGUUCAAGAAUUACUUCCAUUACGCAUUCGCGCCAAAGUUCAACUUGAACAUGUCGGUUCCGAUCGAAGAGAUUACUUUUAUGUUGAUGGACAUGUUUGUCAAAACGGUUUCGAUCAACAUGCAGCCAAUGCAGUUUGCCGUUCAUUAGGAAAAGGAUCCAAUGCAGUGUAUUUGUUGAAUCGUCCUAUCGGUGAUCAACCAUUUAGUGAAUGUCUCUUUCAAUAUGGCAUGGAUAAAAUCGUCGUUCCCUGCACAUUUUUAAUGGAACAAUUCAAAUGCACUUCAAGUAGUACGACCCUUGGAGGUUGUGUACAUUCAAAACUGUUUGAGCAAAGUUGUGCUGGUGACAUGUACGUUGGAGUUGUUUGUUAA